GGUGCUUGUGAUAACCACUAGGUAUCUUCAAACAUGGGCUUGGAAUAUACCCUCCAAUCUGACAACAACAACAACAACAACAACAAGAAAUAACCGAACCAACUAACCAACCAAUCAAUCAUGUCCGACUCCAUCCCCUCAGCGCACGCCGACCCCGACGCCGCGGAGCAACCGCUCCCCGCCAACGCCGAGGACCGCAAAGCCGCCGCCGCCCUCUCCUCCCUCCAUACCAACGAGAUCGCCGCCACCGACUCCCCGACCAGGCUGCCCUCAUCCGCUGACCAGGAGGCGCUGGGCAAGGCCAUGAGUCGUCUCGAGAUCGCAGCCGGUCACCCUGCGGGCAAGAAGCGGGCGGGGACGACGCAGCAGAGUAAGGAGGGAGGGGAGCCGGUGAAGAAGAAGGCGGUCAAGGUCAGCGCCGACGAUGUCAAUCUUCUGGUGGAUCAGUUGGAUUUGAAUAAGCUCAGAGCCACGGAGCUGUUGAAGGCCCAUGAGGGGAAUGUUGCGCAGGCAAUCAAGGCGUUCAUUACGCCUGCGACGCUUGCACGUUGAGGCUGCUGGUCAGUCGGGUUUGAAA